AUCACGUGACAGUAACGGUGGAAGUUUUAAACGUUGAUUAGUAUCCGUGAAAUUGUACGAUUUAUGCUUUUUCUCAGUAAAUAGACACAUUUCUAUAUUUUACCGUUUUUGUUAUGGAAACACACGUAAGUGAGCCGUAUGAACUAAGUGAAUGGGAGUUAAGCAAAGAGAAUGUGCAACCUUUGAAACAAGGAAGAAAAGCGAACCGCUUAUCCGUGGCUUUGCAGCCACACGGCGGUGAACCACAAAUCCAUCGACUUGUCAGAGACGAGAAACAGGAAUUUGAAGUCGCAAUCCGAACUUACAGUGGUGAUGAUCCUUUAGAUGUUUGGGACAGGUAUAUCAAGUGGACAGAACAAAAUUUUCCCAAAGGUGUAAAGGAGAGUAAUUUGGUGCUCUUACUACAACAAUGUCUGAGCUCGUUCGUGGAGGAAGAGAAAUAUAGAAAUGAUAGACGAUAUAUCGAAGCUUGGAUAAAAUUUGAAUUUUGAGUUUAGGGUGGCACGACAUGUAGCACAAGGUCUUGAAUCUGCUGACCCAGCACCUUCUGGUGCAGAAGGGGGCCAGCGCACAUCGCUGGCCAGCCUCAAGGGACAUGGGAAAAAGGCCAUAGUUGGAUCACAUAGAAGUGGCACUGGCCAUAGACAAGGCCUUGGCAAUAUGGCUGCUCCGAAACCACGGCAGACUGGCUCCAGUUUCCACGUGUUCUGUGAUGAGAACUCUGCACCAUCUGCUGUCCCUGCACAGACUGGUGAGUGGCACCACAUAGGGACAAGAGCUGAAGUCAGGAAAGAGAAUGAACAAAGACCAGGGACAUGGACAAAGGCUAAGUUGCACAAUCCAUCAGGAGUUGUGCCUAAACACCGUAUCCACGAGGAGACUAAACCAGCCUUCAGCAUUCAUCAGGAUGAUGAAACAGAGCAGCCUUUACCGACUCCAAGUAAAUCUGGUGAAUGUUUUUCGAAAGUUUUGAGUGCCCGGAAGCUGGAUAAACCUGUACAUCCUGUGCAAAACAUUAUACGUGCCCAGGAGAUCAACCCACAUGAACGAGUAAUGUAUUGCAAGCACAAGAUAUAUGCAGGUCUUGAUGAGUUCUCGUUUGAAGAGUUACGAGCCAACAGGUAUAAACGCAUGCAACAAAUGAGAGAACAGAUCGAGCAAGAGAUGAAGGAGAAGGUUGAGCGAGAGAUGAAGGAGAAGAUUAUACAAGAGAUGAAAGAAAAGAUGGAGCAGGAGAUGAAGGAAAAGAUAGAACGAGAGAUGAAGGAAAAGAUGGAGCAAGAGAUGAAGGAAAAGAUGGAGCGAGAGAUGAAGGAAAAGAUGGAGCAAGAGAUGAAGGAAAAGAUGGAGCGAGAGAUGAAGGAAAACAUGGAGCGAGAGAUGAAGGAAAAGAUUCAGCAAGAUAUGAAAGGUCAGAUGCACCAGGAAAUGGAGAGGCAGAAGAAGCAACUUGAGGAACAGCUGAAUUGUGAGAGUAGUGAAGCAUCAUCAGAUGUUGUCAUGCAUGAAGAAAAGCCAAACAGCAGGGCUCCAGUGCUCGUGUAUGAACAGACUGGGAAUGUGAAAGACGUAUCGCAUCCAAUGAUGGCUACGGCUGAAAGCGCCCGAAACCCUGGUCAACUAAUGGCUGAGAAGAGUAAAGAUGAUAAUGAGCUGAGGACGAGCAGUGAAGUCGUAGAGCCUACCCCAACAAUGGCUGCUGCAUCUGUUAUCGGCUGCCUGCAGAAUUCACAACAGCCAACACCAACCAGCUCUGCAUCUUCGAGUUUUAUACGUAAUAUAUCACGCGGAUCAAAUAAUCAUUCGUUAAGUCGAACACCGAGUGGCUUCAAGGGUCGGUCCUUCCUGACUGCCCCGUCGCCCACUGUCAACACGAGGGAGGCUCUAGGCGUUGUUAGAGGCAUGUUCAACACUUCUCUCGGGAAGGAUUACAGUAUGGAUGACUUGGACAUGUCUACUAAAGCGGAUGAUGAUCAGCAAUGGGAGGCACAGUUCAUGAAGAAAGAUACUACUGGUGAAGCCAAUCAGCUCCAGCAAGCACUUGUGCUUCCUGGCAGUGCACCAUUCACUAUCUUCAAUGAUGACCAGAAUGGCAAUGAUGACCAAGAGAACAGGCCACCAUCGGAUUAUAAACAACAGAAGUCCACUCGACCCUUGGCUGGUAUUUUGCAGCCAUCACUGAACAUUUCCUUUCUUCCCAUAGAGGAACAGGAGGAAGAAGAUGUUGAGAUGGAGGGCGUGGAAGCACUGCCAGCUGACGACGAUGGUAAUAUUGACCAGACUUUCGACCCAAAGUUCUCAUCCACCAAGCGUUUCAGCAUUCAUCCUGACCAGCUUGCCAUUAGUGGGCUCACGCUGAGUCACACUGUAGCAUCUGAGCCAGCUGAGGAUGAAUAUAUGCCUCCACCAAGGGCACCACUGGCGCAAGAACAGCAAGUACGUCCCGAUCAUAGGCCUGCAAUGCGCAUCAGUGUCGAGAACAAAUCCGCUAGAGACUCUACAUGUUCCUCAUAUGCAGAGAGCAUGGUCCAUCAAGGACCCACUGAUCUGAGCCCAAUCAUAGAGACGAGCAUGGAGAAUGCAAAGUCAUCGAGUAGUAGCAGUGGCUGCAGUGAUGUGGGCUACGGAGGCUUUAGCCGUCUCCGGCAUCUUGCACGAGGAAGCACCAUUGACUAUCACCACUCGUAUUCCCACCAGUCUGCAGCCACUCCCGGCAGUAAUGCCCAGCCACAAGCCCGCACUGAUAGUCACCCCAACACUACCACCACUCCCUACUGUGAUGCCCCACAGCAGGCCAACUAUAGUCAUCAGAAUACUACAACGACCCCUUACGGCAUUGCCUGGAAGCAGGUGCAUCCUAGCUCAUCCUGUACAGUAGCUGGCAGUAAGAGUAGUGCUGCAAUAUCCUACCCCACGAGACAGUCACGCAUUCCACGAAAGGUUGAGGCACACGACUCGGGCGCUGCCACGUGUCAGCAGCCUAUGGCUGACGAUGCGGACACGGCAAGGCCGACAUGUCCUGUAGUGGCUGGGGCUAGUGACUCGACGAGCAGCUCUGAGAAGCAGUGUUCCCCAAGGAAUUCCCCUUCAGCAACUGCCAUCACUUCCGUGGAUGUCGACCCAUUUUCUCCAGAGGUGAUUGAGCGCUUGUUGGCUGGGCUGAUGAAGCCUGUUUCCUCUUAUGAAAACUACCUCAUUGUGGAUAAGCCCAUGUGCUCUGUUAAAGCACACACAGUCCUGGACAUGGGUACAGAAUACCAUAUCAUUCAGUGUUUAGGUGUAGGUGCUUAUGCCAAAAUCUAUGAAGCCGAAAUCCAGAAUGAGGACACAAGCAAAGUGAUUCUUAAGACGGACGUGUUUGGAGUUCUUGGCACCAUUCACUGUAUGAUGUUUGGGGAAUACAUGAAAACGUAUUUGGAGAGUGGCAGAUGGAAAUGCACAGGAAACUUUCAAAGGGAAUGGAGUCCAUACUGGAAGAAAUUGUUUGACAAGCUAUUGAACAUCCCAAGCUGUGAGCAGAUUCCAUCGCUAGACGAAAUCCGCAUGGACCUUACAAAAAUGUUCGUGGAUCCGAGAAUGAUGUUGUCAUUCAACAGAGCCGUUAAGCAGGCCAACCUGAUGAUGCUUGAACACGCAUGA